AUGCAUAGCACAUGUACUUAUUCAAUAGUCAUAUUUUUACUACUUAUUUUUGUUAGUUCUAAAUUUAUUUUAUAUCAAAACGAAAAGUCAAAUCUAAUUAUACUACCACCAUUAAUACAUCAUUCAUAUCCAAGUAAUUUUUCAUCUUUAUAUAAAAAUAUUGUAUUAUUGUCGUGUUCAUCGGAUUCGUACACAGCUCUAUAUUGCUAUUAUUUGCCAUAUGUAGCAUUAGCAUGGCGUCGUAUUGGUUUUGAACCAUUUAUCUUUCUUGUUGGUUCUGAAAGUAUAUUUAAAAAAAUGUUACUAAUUAAUCUAUUAAAAAACGACUUAAAAAUGAAUUAUUUUUUUGUUAACGUUGAUCGAUCACGUUCGAUAUCAACAAGUCAAAUCAUUCGCUUAUUCGGCGGUUUUAUUUCAUAUGGCUAUAAUACGACAAAGGAUUUAUUUAUUUUAGUAGCCGAUGCAGAUUUAUUACCAAUUAGUCGGCAUCGCUUUGAAAUCCAUACAAAUCACACGAACUAUAUUCUUGCUGUCAAUGCAUAUUGUUGUCCAGACGAGGAUUUCUCGUAUGAAAAAUACUAUCAUAUUCAUUAUUAUCCAAUGUCUUAUGUUGGAAUGAGACAAUCUUUAUGGCAAAUGAUUUUCUCUCCAUUGGAGAACUGUCGUCUAUCGGCAAAUAUAACAGUCGAUAUGAUGGAAUGCUGUUUGAGAAAAAAAAUGAAUGUAACUUUACCUAAAAAUGUCCUGAAAAGAACGAUACAAUGGGAUACUGAUCAGAAAUUACUCAGUUUAUUAAUACUUCAAGCUCAACAUUCGCACAAUACAUAUGUUGAUAAACGUAAAUUAGGUUAUCGUUUAAAUCCGUCAGAAAACUUUCUUUCGUUUGAAUUCGAUUCAAUACUUCUCUAUGAUGAUAUUCAUUUACCUAAUACAUCUGACCAUAUUAUUUUCAAGAAUGAAACAUGGCUUGUUUUCCGAAAAAUAUUUUCGCAUUUAUUUAGCAAAGAAACCAUUCAAUUACUCUCACAAUAUCAUUACCAAACAGUUGCUGAUGCCCGUGCUAACAAUAAUACUAAUAAUAGGUCACAAAUCCAUAUUGUUAGUUGA